GCCUGCUGGCUGGUCACACUGUGGAUUUUUCUUUCAAAGCUGAACGUUCGUGUUGCGCUAAAACCGCUUGGGUCGCGAAUAAUUUGAAAAGCUCUGCAAACAGAAACUAAUAAGUCGGCAAAGUUAACUGAUAGCUGCCUGUGAGUUUGAAAAGGCGACUUGAAAGGUUAACUACGCGUCGAGCAGUACACUCUUACAUUUUGAUUCUGUCAAGGAAAGGACAAAGCAAAAGUCGCAGGACAAGCGAAAAUCGUUGCUGACUGACUCUCUUGUGUCUACUUGUGCCUCUUUUUUCGCUGCUUACUGCUGCGUUUGUGUGAGUCCGUGUGGCUGCGUCGGAUUUGCUUGUGUGUGUUUUUUGCGAGAAUCUGCAAGAGGCAACGCCGAAAAAGAAACGAAAAACUGAGAAAUAAAACGCAGUGGUGAAUCACAAGCUGAAUCAUCUUUACAGUACUUGCUUCUGUGCGUCAAGAAAAACACCAAGAUGGAGCACCAGGAGGACAACGCUCGUUUCGAAAAUUAUUUGGAAAAUCGCCUGGCAGAGAAUCUGCAGAUAUCCGGUGUCGCCGGCGAAAAUCAGCACUUGGCGAAUCUUGCCGCUAGUGAACUCGCGGCGUCGGCCGACAUCGCGUCGUCCAAAUCAGAUCAGAGAGAUGAGGACGACGAGUGGAAGUACAUACAUGAGGUGCAGCAAAGUGAGAAGCUUCAACAGCAGAAACAUCAAACUCUGGAUGCCGGCAACGGGUAUAGCUCCCACCCUGAAGAUGUGAUUGUUGGCAUUGGUAAUGGUGCAUCUGCCGGAUUCAUAUACGAGGAAGAGGAUGUGGAGGUGAUUAAGAACGACGGCGACUUCUCAACAAAUUCAAACACCACCACUUCCACGGGCGAAGUGGCCCUUAAAGGAGAGCAUGCUUUCGUGGAAACCGAGGAAGUUCCAGAACAGCAGCAGCAGGAGAUACUACAAUCUCCAGAACUCGGUCAAGAGGAAGAGGAUGAGCAGAGUUCGGUUGCCACAACUUACGGUACCAGCAGUCUCAGCGAGACUAACCCUACUCCUCUGGACGAAGGGAUGCCCGUAGCCCAACUGGCUGUCCAAAAUCUAGACAGUUUUGAAGGAAAGGAAAAUAUGGAGCCUGUCGAACAGGAGGAUAACUACUCCCAGCUCAAUCCAAAUGCCGUUGUAUUCGUGCCGAGCUUUGGCUCUAAACCUGCCUCCCCCCUUCCCGCUGCGGAUGUUCCAGUUUUUGGCCUAAAUCAUAGACAAAUGCUAGGUGGUCCGUUGGAUGAUCUGGUGGCAGAGAGUCCGCGAAAGGGUUCCGCCAAGGAUAUCAUGGAUGCAAUCGCUGUGCCCGAUGAGCGCGAGUUUGACAUUGAGGCCGACAAGCGCCCCCAUGAACUGGAGCAGGAUUCUGAUGUUUUUGGCGAAGGAAAUUUUGAGGAGCAGCUCCUAAAUGGCGCCGGUUCUGCGAACCCAUCUGAGCCGACCAAUGUGAUAGACCAUGGUCCGGAGACCAGCGUAGAUUUGGAUGUAUCGCUAGACCAAGUAACCACUGACGGUGACAUCAUGAAGCAUUCGAUUUAUGGCGAACAAAACAAUUCCAUUGAGGAUAUUUUGAACUCCGUACAGCCUCUUCCAACUCAAACGGGCGAUGAAUUUAUUGAGAAGGAGUCGCUGAACAUUGAAGUAAAAGAGCUUGUCUCAAAGUCGCCGUCUACUGAAGAAUUGCAGUUUCAGGAGGAGGCUACCCAAGGUUAUGAUCUUCAACAGCCUUUAUUUCAAAAGCCACUUUGCGGAGCAGCAGACGAAGAUCCCAUGCAGGCUUCGUUUUAUCUUGAAAACACAUCCUCUGAAGCGCAAAACCAAGAGAUGGACAUACCGGUGGAGAGCUGCGAACCUUUUGCCCAGAAUAGUUUCUUGUUGGAUACAGGUGCCCCACAGCUGACUCCGCACACCGAUGAGCCAAUGGGCAACUUGGAACUCAACUCCCAACUAGCUGACAUUGUAGAUAUUACGCCUUCUCCCCUUUCUCUUACCGAAGAGAAACAUUUGGUCGAGAACACCAAGGAACUUGUAGAAGAUGAGACCCAGAAAAUUGAAAUCGAGAAACCCGAACGUUUGGACCUUGGACUUAGUAAGGAGGACGAACCAGAGUUCAAGUUGGAGCUGGAGCAGCCAACUGAAAUUGAAACUGAAAAGGAUCUGGAGCAGGGCUUUGCUAAGGAAGACGAUGAGCCAAAGCUAAAUUUGGAGCCAAAUGUGGUCGAGCUUGUUUCAGCUGGAGCGCCUCUGCAGGAGGAGUCGUACGCUGCACCUAACGCAGCUUCUGGCAACAUAGCUCAACACGAAGAUGCAUUGUCUCCAGCAUCCCAAGGAAUCAAUCCUUUUGCUCAGCCUUUUACGCCCGCAUACGCGCACUUAUCUCAUAAGGAAUUUGAGGGAAUCGAGCCCGAGGAGGUGUCAAAUAUCGUGGAAGAGAGUCAGCUAUUGAAUGCUGAUGCACCCAAAUAUGAUGAACUUCAACUGCAGGAGGAGCUUGUGGAGGAAGAAUUCACUGCCAAUCCUGGCUACGCAUCUACAAACUUAGAUUUUGGCCAAAAUAUCGCUUCAGAUGCACUAGAACAUAAAGUGGAAACGCAUACAGCCGUGGAUGAGCCACUAUCAACAACGACCGUGUCGGAUAACUUAUUCAAUUCCACUUCACUUUUGCCAGCAACCACUGAUGCGGACCCACCAGUAGUUGCUCUUCAGAAGGAAGAGCUGUUCGAGCGAGAGGACCAACAAGGAUUUGUUCCAGUUAAGCCAGAACCCAUUGAUUCUGCGGAUAAACUUCCCACUGCGGUUGAAGUAGCUUUACCGUCUAAUGAAUCUGAUUUACAAACAAACAAGAAGCAAGAGGAAGAAAAAGCAGCUAUCUCGACCAAUACGACUGAAGCCAACAUCAAGGGCAAACCAAGCUCUGCAGAUGCGAAAAAACCAGCAAUAAAAACGGUUGCCAAGCCAAAACCAUCGGUUAGUCUUUCUACUAAUAAAAAAGAUAGUGCUGCGAUUCCCGCUUCAGGAGCAACGAAAGUAGCUACUGCUCGCCCUCGGACGGCACCAGCAGCCGGAAAAACUACUAUUGGAGUCAAUAAGCCUUCGUCAGCAGGAUUAACUACAGCCACAAGAAAACCACUCAGCAGCAAUGCAGCACCCAAUGCGAAAGGCAUGCCCAAGGCAAAUUUGACUAGCACACGGCCCGCCACUGCGCCACUAAAUAAACCAAGUGUGUCAGCUAAAACAAUAGUCAAUAAACAAGGUGCGAAUGGAUCGACAACUGGAGGAUCAGUUUCGGCAUCUGGAGCCAGGGCACCUGUUCGGGCCCGCCCAAUGACGUCAGCUCCAAAGUCAGCUACCAGCGCAUCGUCCGCUGAAGAUGGGCCAAACAGUUUAACCCGAAAAGUGGCAUCUGCCAAUGCAGCUGGACCGAAACCUCGGUUGAUGGUCGCCCCACCGGCUACUGCUAAGCCGAAGGCGUCACCGCCCCGAAGCGCUAUCAGCGCAGUACGCAAAGCUACCCCAUCAAAUGGGACUUCAAUUUCAGCUCGCAGUCCUACUAAGCCGGCAUCCAAUGGAGUGGGGAGAACUAGCACCUCAACCAUUACAACCAGUACCACUAUUACGAAAACUUUCACAGCUCGGCCAGCUCCUAAGUCUACACACUCAAUAAGUUCCACCAGCACCAGUCAGGGAAGCACAGCCCGGCGACCCUUAGGCGCUGCGACAGCCACUGCUCCGAGGAAGUUAUCACCUUUAAAGCCAACUACCGCUUCUACAAAAGCCUCGCCCCUUAAAUCCUCAACUACGCCCCUUAGAUCCUCAACUACACCCCUUAAAUCAAAAACCAAAGAAUCCAUCCCGACUAAACCAUCACCAGCUGAACAGAAAAUUCGCAAGAGUACUUCUAUAAAGGGUGCUACAUCCAAAAAGGCUGAAGAAGUGCCUCCAUUAUCCGAGGCAACAGUUUCCACCAAUGGCGGCACAAAGGAGGAAGUCACUACCGAACAAAAUGGAAGCGGUCCCCACCAAGUGGGUGGAUCACACCAAAUUGUCGAACAACAGGAUCAGCCAGUUCUUCCAAUUGAAACCGUUCAAGUUUCUCUUCUUGAAUUUUAAAGCAUCAGACCCCGACGAACUACGAUUGCUUUGCCAAUAUUUAUGUUGGGGUGAAGUGUUUAGAUGAAACAAAAUAAAACGAAACGAAACGAACAAAAACAAAAUAUUUAGGUCACGGUACCCAAUACUACUUAAAAAACCAUUAAACCGAUCGGUAUAUAAUUUGGAACUUUUGUGUUACUUUUUAAGAGAAUCGAAAUGGAUAUGUAACCUUGUGCUGUUUUUAUAUUUCUCCCUCAUAUAAACUUGUUUUAUUUUAUAUGGUUCCUUAUGCUCCGUUAUAUUUGCUUAUUGCACCUUAAAUAACCUUUUUAUUUUGUCGAUGGCUUUUUAGCAAAGCGUGUGUUUAAAUUCAGAGAAAAAAAAAAUUUUUCAUUUCACUUUUAAUAAAAUAUACCAUACCAGUAAAUGACAAGAAUUGUAUUCAUAAAAUAAGACGAAGACUACAAAACGGAACAAAAAUUGUCAUGUCAUGAGAACAAACUCAAUCCAAUUUAUCUGUAGUAUUAGCCAACGUUUAAAAACGUAACUAAAACCAAACAAAAAAUCAAAAAAAAAAACUAAAACUAAUUCAAUAUAAGAGCAACAAAUGUGCGCAGCUGAAGAAACAGUAGACUGCUAUUAGACAAGAAAAACUGUAUUAAUUUGUAUAUCCUUUUUUCGGGGCAAUUCACUUUGGAAAUAUAUAAUUUAUAUUUUUUUCAAUCGCUUUCAAAAUUGAAGAGAAAUGUACUCUUAUAAUCGAAUCCCAGUGCAUAAUUAUAAAUCGAAAAAUCCGUUUACCAUUACCAUUUUAAAAAGCAUGUUUAUUUAAAGUUUCUUAAACCACAAAGAAUCUGCUUCUAUUGAUAAUUUGUUAAUAAUUUCACAGGUAUGAAAUUAAAAUCAAGUACGGUCAAAAAACUGUUAAAGCAACUCAAAAACCUUAAUUUUUUACUAUUUCUUUAUAAUUAUUUAUACUAAAAAAGAUAUUAUGUAUUAAAAUUAAAAAUACGAAAAAAACUAAAACAUA